AAAUUUCCAAGCUCCCCAAUCCCUGAAAAUGAGUCAGCUGCUAUCGAUAUGACUACAUAAUCUUCACUGGCACUGGCAGCUUUCUUGUCCUCUUACCACCAUCUAUGACUGCUACCGAAGCUGGUGAGAGCGUCCAAAGCACCGAAACCAAGCGAACCCCGCUUCCCCGAUGGCAGCUACUUAUCGUGUUCCUCAUCCAGCUUGCGGAACCUAUAACGGCGACGGUGAUAUUCCCUUUUGCUCCUGAGUUCAUCCGUAGGACGGGGAUUACUGGGGGGGAUGAGACCAAGACGGGGUACUACGCAGGGCUUAUCGAAUCCGCGUUCUUUCUGGCCGAAUGUUUGAGCGUGUUCCACUGGGGCCGUUUGUCGGAUAGGGUCGGUCGGAAGCCCGUCUUGCUCUUGGGUCCUCUUGGGUUGACAUUUGCGAUGCUCGGCUUCGGGGCUUCGAGUAGCUUCUGGUCAUUGGUGUUGUUCCGGUGCGCUCAAGGUGUCUUCAAUGGGAAUAUCGGUGUUUCGAAAACCGUUAUGGGGGAGCUCACGGAUUCUACUAAUAUUGGAGAGGCAUUUGCCUUGAUGCCUUUGAUAUGGGGAUUGGGCGUUACCGUAGGUCCUGUCAUAGGCGGCCUCUUGGUCCAUCCAGCGGAUACGUGGCCAAAUACCUUUGGGAGGAUCGCGUUAUUUCGCGACCAUCCGUAUUUCCUUCCUUGUGCUGUAGCUGGACUGUUCUCCUUUGCGAUUUGUCUGCUAACCCUUAUUGGUCUGCAAGAGACGCAUCCCUCAACUAUCGCGCGUAAAAAAUCUAAAUGUUCGCGACCCACACAGGAAACUAGCCUGAUUUCGAGUAGCACAAAUGCAGACUACGGAUCUGUCGCCACUGCCGCAACAGAUGAUGCAGUGUCUGAUUCCAUCCCAAGCCAGCCUCCUAGCAUGCGAGAAGUUCUAGGCACUCAAUUCUUACGCGUUUUGAUGAACUACACGUUCAUCUCUUUUGUUGAAACUUCGUAUGACGCGCUCAUUCCCCUGAUGUAUUCGACAUCCAUACCCGUUGGCGGUCUCGGCUUUAGCCCUUUCCAGAUUGGCCAAAUCUUGUCGAUAUGGGGAUUGACAAAUGCUAUCGUGCAAACUGUUUUCACGGGAAGACUGCUGAGGGUGUUCGGUGCUCGCAGGAUGUUCAUAGUUUCCAUCGGCUUCAUGUUUGUAGGCAUUUUGGCCUUCUCUUUCGAGAGCUACUUUGCAAGGCUGGCGGGACGCGUCGACGGGAGAGUUGUCACGCUUAUACUUAUCCAACUGACCUGUAAUCUCAUGGUCUUCGUUGCUUUUGCUGCGGUUCAUGUCCUCGUCGUCCAAAGCGCAACAAGCAGGGCUGCUCUUGGUUCCACUAACGGUGUUGCACAGAUGGCUGGCUCUGGUAUUCGGGGCCUGGCGCCUUAUUUUGCUUCUUCCAUGUUCUCAAUCUCCCUCGAAAGCCAGAUCGCAGGGGGAUUCUUGGUGUACAUUAUUAUUCUGGUUUUGACCUUGGUCUUACUUUGGUUGGCCUUCAAAAUUCCAAAACGCUUCAAAUCAGCCGAUAAUUAGACGAAAAUGUACUAACAUAUACUUAGAUGAUUUAGUGCUAUUGACAACUUCUUUUGGCAGCGGGUUCAAGUGCCCGUCCUGGAAUUCAAUUUGCACAG